GCUCAGUGCUGUCUGUGAUACCAUGUUUCCUGUCCUGUGAUUGGUUAUCGAAAUUAUCUUCACCCGCGCAUUGACAGCCACAGCAUCCCACCUUGUCACGCGCUUGUGGACCACCAGCUCCCGCCAAACGCAUUCGGUCGGAAUCUGAUUCAGUUAUGUACUUAAAGCUAUGGAGAUGGCAAAGAAUGAAGAUCCCCCAAAAGAUAGGAAGAGUUUAAAUAAAUCUGCCACACAUAGACACAGUAAAAGCCAUGAGGGACGAACAUCUCACAACAGUCCCAAUAAUGACUGUGUAGCCACCACCACUGGAAGCCCAUGUUCACUGCCUGUGCCCGAUACUCCUAGCACUGGUGAUAGUCUCUGCAGAGAUGGCGGCUCUGUUAAAAAGAGCAAAACCUGUGACUUUGUAAGAGGAAUGGGGCAACAGCAACCUGAGAGCCCUAAAUACAAAGAUGGGACUAACUGGCGCCAUAAACUUGUGACCAGUGUCAGCUUUUCAGGAUUUGAUGCACCUCUGCGGUUGCUUUGUGAAAAUCGAGAUGUCUCUGGCAGCAGCCAUGAAAUCAUUGAUUACCGUAAUUUAACACCCCAAGUGCCCUUUGUGCCUUGCAUAGCAAAAUCCAUUCCUAAAAAGAGGACGUCCCCAAGAAAAGCCAUUAGAGAUGUGUUCGUUCACAAGAGACACAAGCAUGAGAAGGCUUCGUCACCAAGUACACCGUGUCAUGUUGCACGUGUAAAUGCUGGAACGUUGAAACGGACGAAGAAAUCGGCUAAACACAAAGAACAUGCGAGAAGCCGGUAUAAUGAACACAGUGAAACUCCCUCAGAUUCGUCGGGUGAAUAUUCAAAUGUUUGCGAGGAUGUUGCAUCAUUAAAAAGCUUUGGAUCUCAGGCUGGUUGUGGAGAAAUAUUUGCCGAUGAAGAUUGUGUUGUAUCGCCUGACAGGGUGUUGAACGCUAUGUGUGACCGUAAAGUGAGUAAACCUCAAGUGAGACAAAUCCCUGGUACGGGUUUCCAAGGAGCCAAUGAGUGUCUGGCCUCUCCAGCUCACGUUGAGGUGCUGGACAUGUUUGGAUUGUGGGAAACCUUAUACAGAACAAGAACAGACAGUUCAAGGGCAUUAGGGAAUACGACACAGACCCCAUCACCUAUUGCAAAAUCUCCUUCCACAAGCAAAUCAGAAAAUGUAACAACAAACCCACUCAGACCCUUGGAGGCACAGAUCAUCAGGGAAUUUAAUACUGAUGUGAUAUCCCCAAAAAGUGACAACCAGGAGAAUACAAGUGAUGAGGGCUACUGUGAUUACGUUUCUCCUGUUUCUGAGGACCACAGCAAAAACUCUCUCACCCCAGUGCAUUCAAAAACAUUCCCUAGAGACACUUACAGUGGAGAUGCUCUUUAUGAGCUAUUUUGUGACCCCAGCGAGCCAGAGAUGACCCCUAUCUUUGAUGAUGAGCUGGAUCUAACCGACAGCAUUAUCGGUCAAUGCAGUGACCUUCCAUUAUCCAUGUACAGCUUCCAUGUAGGAGCGGAAGAAAAUCUCGCCCCACCUUUGUCCAGGGAUGUCAUUGGUCAGGAGCUUCUGCAGAGUAAGUGGAUGGGAAAGGAUUGUUUACUGAAGCUUUGUGACACCGAGAUCUCUCUAGCUAUGGGUAUAGUUAACUGGCUGAAACAGAAGACUGAUAAAAGCAACCCAGCAGAGAUGAUGUCUUCACGCACUAGUAGUAAAGAAACUGAUCAUUUAUGUAUAAAAUACAAAUCCCAGUCACCAGGGGUUGGAAAACCACAAAGAGGAACUGGUAAUGAUAGUAAAGAUGCGCUUAAUUUUAAACAGAGCAGUGGUGUGCCCAAACUAGAUUUGCCAUCACAACAUGAAGUUAAUACACUAAUGUCAACCAUUGUCUCUCAAGAGAGUCUACCCAAAACCCCAUCAAGUGGUGUGUGUUUCAGGAUAUACAAUAUAGACUCUCCAGUGACCCCAAAUGGAGAUUUGCAGUCACCUGUGGUAAGCUCCCCUGGCUCUGGAACAAGGUCACUGUUUGUGCUGGCCAUAAAUAAGGAAUCUCUUUGUGAAUCUUGCAAGCGUUCCCUGAAAAACGGAGCUAAAAAACUGUCCCUGUGCCGUUCUUGCAGGUCACUUAUUGAGCACAUCAAAACUUCAGAUGUUUGGGCACAUGCCAGUUUUCCCCAGUACAAGACACUUACUGCACAGCCAGUAAAUAAAGACCUACUGUCACCAGGUAGCACAUGUGCGAUAGGAAGUGACAUCAGCAUCGCUUCCCUUGUUGAACAAUGUGCUAGUCAGUUUUCCUCCAUUAAGAUUAACCGUACUCAAAAGCAGUUAGGAUGUGAUAAAAGAUGUGUCUUUGAACCUGACCAAGGGGUUAAAGGGAACACAGAGAACUUACAAAAAAAGUCAAAGUGCAAGAAAACGCCAAUUCAUAAACCUUCAUGUUUGGAGACUGAGCCACUUGGCUUUGUGACAAGCAAUAGUGGUAAUGACAUGGUAUUAGAAACUUACAAGAAUCCAUUCUGCACUGAAUCUGAUGACCUGGUUGCACCUCAAACUACUAGGCCUACGUCUCUUCCUCUCGUGACGCCUACUUCCUCAGAGUUUUCUUGUGGAGAGGACCACCAUUUGAAGAGGAUGGAUCAUGGAAGCCGGACUAAAAGGAAACAUAGAUUACCACAUCACAAGAAGUCUGCUGUGAAUGGCGAGGGUUCAUGUGGUUAUGUCCUUCCAAAGGAGAGGAAGGUAGAACGUAGAUACAGAAUGAAAAAGUGAAAUCCAUGUCAAACAGGGCUGGAUUCCUCUAAUGAGGAUGUAUGGCAUACAUUCUGAUAUACAGCCUGCAUAUUUUCUGUUGAUGGCAGCGCUGUCAUAGAAAAGCAUUUCUAAAUAGUUGCCUGCUUUGGCAAGUAUGACAGAAACAAGCUAUUUAUGGAUCUGUGCUGAUUCAGUUUAUCCAGGAAAAUAAUAGCCUACAUAACCUUCAGUGUAAAGAGCAUUUUGCAUGAAAACAUUUCAAGGCAGCAGAUUUAGGGUUUAAUAUUAUCCAAUAUAUUUUGCUCAUUUUUUUUGUAAAUCAAUGAAAGUCAGUAAUGUCAAUAACUUUAGAUUUAUAUCCAAAGCAGUGACAUAUUAAUUAAUUAUUAAUUAUAUUAUAUUAAAUAUUAGAUGUUAUUAGAUAUUAUAUUAGAUAUUAUGAUUUCCUUAGAUAUUAUAUUUUUGCCCCCCUCAGUCAUGCAUUGGUGCACUUAUGGACUAGAAGAAAGGGUAAUCCCUAAAAAAAAAAACAGCUUGUAAUGCAUAUUUUGAAUGAAAUUUGUAUUACUUCAAAGUGCAGCUGCAGUGUUAAUAAUCACAUUCAAGGGUGCUAAAUUAAGAUUUUUAUGGCGGUUUAGAUGAAAGAAAGGACACUGAAGCCCACAGUUCAGAAAGACAAGUGCAUAUUCAUUAUGAAUUUCUUAGUUUCAUAGCUAAGCUAUAUGACUAAUAGUGCUCUUAUUGCAAGAUCAAAGUUUCCUCUAAGUCAUUAAAAAUAACUGUAGGGUGCUUGAAAGGUCUUAGGAAAAGUGAAUGUUACUUAGUUCUUCAUCCUGCUCAUUCUCAUAUGCUGUGCAGGUUCUUUGCUCAAAAUAGCAAGAGGUUACAUGCUGUACAUAGCUAUAUUGUGACAGAUGGUAGGCAGUGGCUAUUACUGUAAGUAGCUUCAUACAGGCACAUUAUCGAUUGAUUUACUUCAAUAAGCAAUUGAAAAGUAUUGAUUGUUUAACAUCAAAAUAUUUAAAGGUCCAGUGUGGGUUUUUAGCGGCCUCUAUUGGUGAGAUUGCGAAUUGAAACCAAUCUUAAUUUCGAAAAGCAGAGAGAAGCUACGGUAGCUGCCACAAGACAAACAUGUCGUCGUCUGCAUAGACGUUAUAUACGUAGACACCUCAUGACGUGCUGGAACGUAAUCCAGCGUCGUCGCCAUAUUGGUUGGGUCUCCCCACUUUACGCGUACGCUAGCACUAAAGGUCUUCUCAGGGUCCAAAGAAAUGUACCUGACCAGAAAUGACCCUCAUCACUUUAUACCCGAACCUUACAUGCAUAAAUAUUUUUUUUAAAAGAAAGAGCCGACCCCAGACAUACCCGAGAAAAUUAGACCCGAGUCCGACCCGAACCAGUGGCAAUUUUUUUUACCCGACUGGACCCAAAUGUAAAUGGCACUGACGUGUGUGCAGUCUGCAGCCCAGCAGCAGUCAGACAGAAAGAAACAGAGGAGAGGUUGGAAAAAGACAUGGACACACGCGAGAGAGUUCGGGUCUUCAUGUACGUUCUGCAAAAACACAUUCAUUUUAAAUCACCCGAGACCCGAUGCCGCUAUUAUUAUACACGAACCGUGUCCAAGGCACACGUGAAACUUUUAGACCCGAACCCAAUCGGACCUCUGGUUUUCGGAUCUAAGUUUAUUCGUGAAGACCUCUACCCAGCACCAGAGUCAAUCGGAGUCAAUGGAGAACAAGCAACUAUGCAAGAAUUUUGUGCAGCUUACGGUUGCAGUAUUGAUACCAGAUCGCAUGGGAUUACUUUACACAAAUAAGAUUGAACAAUAAUUUUGGUUAUUUUACCAUUUAUAAUAUUAUGUCAUCAUAAUGCAACCCAAUAUGACGCAAAUACGUGACUAUUUCACGUAUGGACCAAUGUGAAAAUGUGACGUUUUGCCGCGUUUGAACGUGAGCAUGUCACUUUUUCUGUUUGUGUCACUGUCACGUAUUGGUUACUCAACUUUUUUGUCCUAAUUUCUUACCAUUGUCGCUUCGGUUUAGGGCAGUGCUUCUCAAUUAUUUUCUGUCACGCCCCCCCUAGGAAGAAGUAAACAUUUCGCGCCCCCCAACUCUCCGCCGCGACUGUAAAUAGUAUAAUUUGUCUAUAAAAUGACACAUCUGCAAAACAUUGUAUCCUUAUUAACAUUAAAGAAAACACAAAAA